CAAGGCUAUCGACAUAUCGUCGAUUGCCCACCACUAGCAGAUGCGGUCACUCUGACGCCAGUCUAUAGAAAUCUUUUAACAUUUCGGUCGCAAAUCGGCGCGAGUUUUUGUGGAAAAGUAGUGACCAGCGCAAAACGGGCGAAACGCAAUGCGGCAUCACAAAGUUAACUAAAUUAAUCACAAUUACCGUGCGAAAUCAGUCAGUGUGGCGCCACGAAGAUUUUAAUUCAGAAAAUUAGCCCCGUGGAGCGUCUUACGAAGAAGGACUGUUGCCUAUAGGAAUUUCGCAGACUCUGGCAACUGUCAAAACUAUAUGCUACAUUUUUAAGUGAGGCGUGAUCUAGGAAUAAAAAAAGUAAAAACUGGCUACCAGCGAUAAAUUGUCCACAUUUUUCGUGGGCAUGGACGAGGAGGAAGAGGAGGAGGUCACGGAUCUGAAGCUGCAAUUGUUCCACAAUACAGUACGCGAGCACAUUAUAUUCCUGCUACUGAUCAUCUUGCUUUACUUCAGCUCUUAUGUGGUCGUCUCACGUUUUAGGCGGCGCGACCGUGACGAUCUUUAUUCGAAUGACGAGGACGAGGUGCUGGUCUAUCGCAUAAGCUUUUGGCUGUGCACAUUCACACUGGCCGUUGCCGAAGGGGCUGCCAUGCUGCUGCCCGUUUCCAUUGCCAGCAACGAGGUGCUGCUCCUGUAUCCCAACAGCUACUAUGUAAAGUGGCUCAAUAGUUCACUCAUACAGGGCCUGUGGAACCAUGUGUUUCUGUUCUCCAAUCUGUCACUGUUCAUCUUCCUGCCAUUCGUCUAUUUGUUCUCGGAAUCCACGGGAUUUGUGGGUCACAAGAAGGGAAUUCUGCCGCGAGUCUACGAAACCUUUACAGUAUUCAUGCUGAUGGCCGUUAUUGUCCUGGUACUAACUGCCGUCCUAAGUGCAGUCUUUGGCAUUGAAAAGUUUCAAUUCUUUUGGUUUCUAAAUUUAGGCAGUGUUCACCUGCCGUUUCUUUAUUCGUGUGUCUCAUUUUUGGGCGUCAUGCUUAUGCUGAUUUGCACCCCGUACGGCUUUGUGCGCCUCUUUGGCGUUGUUAACCAGGUGCUGGUGCGACCCAUGCUGCUGCGCGACGUCAAUGAGGAGUUUAGCGCCUUCUACAUGGAGGAGGCGAGCGUGAAGCGGAAGCUAGCACAUAUCGAGCUUCACAACGUUAGCAUCUCGGAUGCAGCCAAUGGAGGUCGCCUUGGCAAUGGGAUUGGACUGGGACGUGGACGCACCUUCUUUCCCCAGCCACUGCUGCAACACUCGCAGCCACAUCUAUACCAGCGCAAGGCGAUGGCUAGCGACGUGGGCGAGCUCAACGAUAGACUGAGAGAACUGGACUCCGAGCGCAAGGAACUGGACAAGCUGCGCAAAUCGAGCACCUUCCAACGCACAUUCGUCUACCCGCUGGCCAUGCUGCUGCUGCUCUUUUGUACAGGUGUCACCAUUCUGCUGGUUGUGCAGAAUACACUAGAGCUCCUCAUUGGCAUUAAGGCGCUGCCACUGAGCACAAGGCAAUUCACAUUGGGCAUCUCAUCGCUUUCGAAGCUGGGUCCCUUUGGCGCCGGCCUGGAGGUCUGUCUCAUCUUUUAUCUGGGCGCCACCUCGGUGGUGGGCUUUUAUAGCAUGCCCUUCAUGCGCAACGUUUGUCCCAAGCGGCGACAGACUUCGCUGCCACAGCUAAUGCUGAACUGCGGCUUCAUGCUGGUUUUGUCUUCGGCGUUGCCGCUUCUCAGCAGGAUCAUAGGCAUCACAAACUUUGACCUGCUGGGCGAUUUUGGGGCCAUCGAGUGGUUGGGAAACUUCCAGAUUGUACUGCUUUACAAUCUGGUUUUUGGAACCACAACUGCCCUGUGCCUGGCCAACAAAUUCACGGCUACGGUGCGCCGGGAGCUGAGAGCCCGGUUAGUGGAGAACUAUGUGCUCUUUACUAACUACAUGAGCUUCAUCAACUGAUAUUGGCGCAAGCGACACGACAAUGCGUUUUGUAUACACCGCCACGCGGUGAGGCGCCUUGUCGAGUCGCCGCUCAAGAGCCUAACUAGUUUCUAUACCAAGUAUCGUAACCUUAGUCGUAAGAGCAGUCGCAAUACCACCGCUAGUCGCAAGGCAAACGAAAUGAACUGUUGAGAAAUAAGCAAAAAAUGGGAGAUGGGCAGCUGAAACUAUAUAAUAUACCUUUACAUAUGUUAUAUGAUCACGUAUAGUUGUGCAGAACUGAUACUAAUAUUUAAAUGUUGCAAUUUUAACUGUUGUGCUUAAUUGUUGUACUUUAUACAGAGUCCUCAAACCCGCAUAUCACUGUGGUGCCAGUAAACAAAGAACUAUGGCACUCGUGUACCAUGAUAUAUUGUAUUCGCAGAAAUCUCGCCAAUAACUAGCAUGUAAAUAGAAAAUGUAAUGGUGCAACAUAAGCCGCAGUCAACCGUUUGCAGUAGACGUAGGUUAGAGUUUCGUGUACUUCACUCAAUUUCUUGUCGUUCAAAUCGAAGUGUUGAAUUCCAUUUCAUACAUGUUUUCUGCUAUUUAUCUACGUAUAUUUGAGUUAUUUUUAUAAGAUUUUAACAAUGUUCCUUAAGCAGCGCAUCGAUUGUGCGCGUUCAUUUCAUUUUACUGCAUACUCAAAUCUGUAACCCAAUCACACACUAACAAGCGUCUAAAACUUAUGUGAUAAAGUAUAAUAAACAACGCAUUUUACUAAGCUAAUCGA